AGACGUGAUUGAGAGAGCGCCGCUGAUGCUUCGAUGUACAAAUAAAAUUUAAAUUAUUGUUAAAUGCAACGCGUUUAACGGAAAUAAAACGAAUAAUAGCGAUUUAAGUAAAAAGUGUUUUUUAAAUUAAUUAACGAAACAAACGAUAAACUAAUUAAUUUUAAAAGUGUGCAACUGCAACGAAUAAGAAAAGUGCAUUAAAGGCUGCAAGAGGCUAAAGCAAAGCAGCUUGAGUUUAAAGCGGCAGGAAGCCCAAGGUGUUGACAAAGCCGUCUUACUAAACGAAAACUGUGCGAAAAAGCUAAUUAAAGACCAUAAAAUGGGUCUAAACGGCUGCUGUUCGUGUGUUAAAUACUUGAUGGUCCUUAUAAACAUCUUAUUUUGGCUAAUCGGCUUGACCAUUGUGCUCACCUCACUAUGGAUGCUAACGGAUCCCACGUUCAUGCUAUCGAUGACACAAUCGUAUAAUCACUAUCAUAUAGCACUCUAUGUCUUCCUGGCCAUUGGCAUACUUAUUACUCUGGGCGCAUUCUUUGGCUGUUUGGGUGUCUGCCGCGAGUCGCAAUGUCUGCUUGUUUCGUUCUUCUGUGUGAUACUCAUUGUGAUGGUCGCACAAAUAGCAGCCGGUGCCUGGGCGUUCCACAACAGAAACAAACUGGAUGACAUGGUUCGUGCGGCGGUCAAGUCAUCUGUGCAGGAGGAGUACGGACAGUCCAGCAUGAGCUCACGCACCGUCACCUUCGAUACGCUACAAAAGAAUUUGAAAUGCUGCGGAGCCGAUGGGCCUGGCGACUGGGCCACGAGUCGUUUCAAUAAUGUGGAUCGCACGAAUAUCGUCGAUAUUGCCGUAUCCUCCAUGAAUGUGCUCUACAAUAUACCAGAAUCAUGUUGCAAAGAGGAUAUCAAGGACAACGAGUGUGAUAAGUGGCGCAACUUGAAAUUUGGCGGCCCAUUAAACACGUAUAUUUAUCAGCAGGGCUGCGUUGAUAAGCUGAUUGAAAUUAUCUAUGAAAAUUGGGUCACAAUCUUUGCUGUUACUGCGGCUGUCAUUCUGCUGGAGCUGCUCUCGUUGACCUUCGCCCUGAGCCUGUGCUGUGCGGUGAGGAAUCAGCACUACAAGGCCUGAGAAUUACAGAAUUCCCAUAGGGAAAUAACAGACGAUGAGAAGUACUAACAAACCAAAUGUGAACUGCUGAAGCAUAGGCGUUACUAAAAACAACAACAAUUGGUGCGACAGAAAUGCAUUUAGCACUGACAGCAAAUAGCGAACAGCAAACAGCAAACUGUUGGCACUUUGCAAUAGCUGUAAGCAAAGGCUGUAGCUGGCUAGGUUUUUAGAGGCUGUCAGUCCAUGCAAAUACUUUAAAACAAACACUUUUGUAGUACUUUAAUAAGCAACAAACUGAGCAAUUGUGGACGAUUUGAAGAUGACAGAGAGUCAAGGAAAUUGAAUGAACUUUAUAUGAACUUGAUACGCAACAAUUUUUCUAAAAUAUUUCUAUAUUGAAAACAAACGGAAAACAAAUCUCAUUUUACACUAGCAAACAAAAUAGAAAACUUAACGUAAAUCAAUACACAACAGCAGUAAAUUCCUUAAUAUUAGGAUAAAUCUAACCGCAUAAGGCAAAAAGUUUCAAUUUAAAGAAAGCAUAAUGUUUAGAAACAAAAAUAAAUGUAGUACGACACAAGCAUACUAUAUACAAAUCGUACAUUAGCUAUUUAAGCACAAAAGUAUAAAUUGAUUUGCCAAAAAGAUGGAAGUUUAAAUGCAAUCAUAGAUUUUGUUAGAAAAUACACACUUUUGAAUCGUAUGCCAAUUAGUGUACGCACAAUUUAGGAAGAAUCUAGCGAAGGAGCAUUCCAAAAGUGAAAACGUUUAUGUAAAUGCCCACAUUAAGUUCUGAUUCGGUGUUGCCAUCCAAAGAUCCAAACCCAAAAAA